AUGUCGCGGGUCCACGGCAGGCGCGAGAAGAAGUUCGCGCACCCCGGCGCGGCGAGGACUUGCGAGGGGGCAACAGAGAUCAAGGGCCACGCCAUCGCGAUUUCGUUCAGGGACGAGGACAUGUCGUGGGGGAUUCGAUAUUCCUCGGGCGCGGCGCAGGGCGGUGACCUCUACGGCGACAAGAUCGGCAGUUUCUAUUUGGACAGGUCCACGGAGCAGGCCGACUACAUCGCAGAGAGCUGCGACAGGAGCUCGACUGACCGCGCGGACGUCUUUGAGAUUCGGGCCGGCGCCGUUGCCAGCGUGCGUUUCGACAUGGAGGCCUCGAGCUCAUGGAGUGCCGCGCUGCUCUCGCCCGUGAGCAGCACGAGCAUGGAGGCCUAUUCUUGUCCGAGCAGUCCGCGGUCGCUCGAUCAUUGGAGCAGCCCUGCGCGCGGGCGCUCGCGGAUAUCGAUGGCGUCGGCUAGGUCUGCUACGCGAUUCUACAAGGAUGGGUCAAGCCCCUGGAGGGCCGACAUCGCCACCUACCUGCAGGGCGCGAAGGCCAACCAGCACGUCCAGCAGGGCCAUUACCAGUCCUCGGGCGCAACGGAGCAGCUCGCAGAUGACCGCGUCGCCGGAGUGUUAGACCGAGUUCCAGGAUCGAGCCCGGGAGUGCGUUGCACUGGCGCAGGUUGUAUGAAUUCGCCGUGGGAGCGCGGCGCGACGGAGAGGCGCGGCGGCUGGUGGAAAAGCAUGCGCCACAAGGCCGAGGCCAGCGAGCCGUGCCACUCGACGGCAGAGGUGGACAAUCUAGCCGAUUUCUUUGCACAGGCCGAGAAGCGACUCGCCCGUUGGAGAGGGCGCAGCCCAGCGCAGCGGGUGUCCGGCGACAGCAGCGGACUACCAGGGCGCCCACCCAGCGACGACGCCAUCUGCCCAGAGAUGCCCGGCGCCACACCGUCGGUCGGGCGACGGCGAGCUCGGGCCACGCGGCGGGCGGCCGCGCAAGUGGCGGAGGGCCUCAGCGGCCAGCGAGUUCUACAGGAGGCGCUGAACAGCCGCAUGAGGCCGAGGUUGGGCGACCUGGAAGCGGACUGGCAGCGUUUAUCUUCUAGCAAUUCGGAAAUGACAGCAGCUGGCGCCAGGGCUCCGCGGCCGGCGCCCGCGGGAUUCGCCGAGUCCAACACGUUUUUGCAGCAGUUGGACGGCAACAUGCGCUUCGUGGAGGUCUGCGACGUCAUUGGCGGCGCAAGCCAGGACGGCAAGCGCGAGGCGCUCACUAUCGAGGACUCGCGGGCGCGCCUCAGCCACCGUGGCAAUUUUCAUUUUAUGAGGGCGAAGUCCGAGACCGCGGAGCUUCAGCAUCGCGCCGCUGGCGAGGAUGACUGGUCGCAGAUUAUCGCAGCGACUGCCCAGGAUUGGAACGCAGCCGUCGGAAUCAAGGCCAUCACUAUCACCUUGCGGGCCGCGCACGGGUUCAAGGGCCCUAGCACAGUGGAGAUCGAGAAAAGUUGCCCACUUGAACAGCUGACCUUCCGCAUCGCCACGCAAGUCACGGCGUCCCGAGGAUUCGAGGACGAGAAGGAGCUCAUCGGACAUGGCAUUGCAGUCUUGGAGUUGGACGUCACAACGCCUGGUGGAGCGGAGAAGGGCGUCGACCAGAUGCAACAGCUGAGGGGCGUGACCGCAGUCGACAUUGGCACAAUUUGUGCCGAGAUUGGCAUCGGGACCGCGGUGUCCGUGGUGUUCUCGCUGGCGUGUGUUUGGUCUACUUGGAGAGGCAGCGGACUUGGUGGGCACGACGUCGAAACCUGGUGCUUCCGCAACAGUCACAGCAUCAAUGGGCCAUACGUCACCCUGCGUGCGCUGGGCUGGGCGGGCACGUACAUGAUCACUGGCACCGACAUCGCCGGAGACGACGUCCGCUGCGCCACGUGGGCCACUGGCACGAGGCGCAGCACGGGCGAGCUGGAGCUCGCCGGGCCCGCGCUCUGCGUGGCGGCGGUGCCCCCGUCCAUGAGGCGCUACUGGAACCGGGCCACGGUGACUGGCAGCCUGCGGAUCGGCGAACUGCACUUCGUGCACCUACACGGAGGAGGCGCAGAAGGCGAGGAGGGGCCUGGCGACCACGACGACCGCCCCGCGGGCAGGCUGGACGGGGGCCCGUGGCCGGGCAGCCACUGCGGGUGAGAGGAGCGGCCGGGCUCGGGGGCAACGUCGGUCGGCGAUCACAAAAGGUUUCUUGUCGAUUUGGGCCAGCCCCUCCUGCAUGGGAAUGCCGGGACGGCCGCCCCCCGCCCACCUCCGCGGUGCGGAGGGAGGGGAGCAGGGGCGCGCGCCCCGCCGCGGCCCGUGCGCGCCUCGAGAA